AUGAAUUCCCCAUCUUCGAUCACUCUCGAUUAUACUCUCCACGAUCUUUACACCUCUGACUCCAACGAUGACCCCAACACAGUCUUAAUAUAUUACCCUCUUCAGUUCGGACACAAUAAUGAAGGUACACAAGCAAAGUUUGCCUAUGGGUACAGAGUAGAAGAUGGGGAUGAGGGCGCGACGUCAUGCCUAGCGAUGGCAGCCAAUAUGGUGCCGCAACGAUACGGAUUUUCGGCGGGCAAGAUGCCUCUUGUUAUCCUGAACUUUAUUUCACAGGGGCAACAACCUGGCAGCGAAGAUAUCAAGCGCUCUGCAGAAGUCGAUCCCAUGCCCUCCCAUCUUCUUGACAUCUACCGAACGUUCGCCCAGUUACGGACCGACCAACGACCAUCCGUAAGUUUUGCGAAAAGUCCGGACAGCAUCGAGUUGGGCUUGGACGAGAAGAUUGCGGUUCUUCUGCCCACGGAUUGUCUAUCACAUUUACCUCACCUUACCUGUCCGGAGACGCACUAUGAGGUCUUGUCAAAGCGCGGUCUGGCUGUAUCCGGCUUACCAACACCGCCGUCCCAGGUGAUUGACACCUUGCUUGUGGACUAUAAGGAUCCCGGCGCUCUUGCCAAAGAGAUUACUCGGAUGACCGAUUCAAUUGCACAGAAUAAAGUCCCGUUCAUGGUCAAACUACCCCAGUCGAUUUCAGGAAUGGGUACCUUCGCAAUAACUUCGGAAACCGAUCGAGCGCAUGUGAAGGCCAUUCUCACAAGGCAGUUAGGAAUCAUGCUACAGCAGCUCAACCAAACCAACCAAAACCUCUAUCCCUGUUCAAUUGUCUUGCAAGAUUUCAUCGACGGACCCGUGGUGGCGUUGUCUUUCUUCGUCACGAAGACUGGAAAACUUAUAUAUAUUUCUUGUUGCGAGCAAUUAUUCGACGAACACUCGCACUGGAUCGGCGGAUCGAUCUCCUAUCGACAGCAAGCAGUAUAUAAAAAGACGUUUUCAAAGAUCACGGAGAAGGUUGCUGCGUUUUUACAUCGCAAGGGGUAUCACGGCCCUGCUGGGAUCGAUAUUGUCACGAAUCAAGCUACUGGAGAGCAGACGAUCAUUGAUCUCAAUGUUCGGGUUACUGGUACUUUUCAUUUAGGGCCUCUUACGGGCCAUUUUACCAGUCGGGGGUUGUUCGACGCUGCUAUGACUACUGGGGAUUUCUGUUGUUCUCGGGACUCGUUUGAAGGAGCUUUUGCGGAAGAGAUUCGAGAAGGCAGUUUGAUUGUCAGUGGCUGGGUCCAUGACGAGUCGGGAUUAAAGAGUCAUGCUGCGAUUACUAUAGGGGCCAGGGAUGCUGAUCAUUUGAAAGAGUAUCUUCAGCGGAUCAGGAUUUUUGGUUUACCAAAUUAA